AAAAAUCGAAACCGGACGAACUUCAUUUGACCACAGCACUUGCGAAGUUGGGACUUGGGAAUCGAGAAUCAGAGAGCCCCAAAAAAAACUCCCGAUCCCGAGCAGCUCCGAUUCGAAGCCCCCUGCUCUGUCUACCACCGUGGUGAGAUCCCAACGGGGCCUGGCCUCGAUGGGACCGCCGGCGUCUAGGCUGCCCAUCCUGGCCGCCCUCGUCGCGGCGGCGCUGCUCGCCGGUAUGGCUGCGACCGCCGCCGCGGCGACGGAGGAGGCCUACGUCACGCUGCUGUACGGCGACGAGUUCGUCCUCGGCGUGCGCGUGCUGGGCAAGUCCAUCCGCGACACUGGCACGCGGCGCGACAUGGUCGUGCUCGUCUCCGACGGCGUCUCCGAGUACUCGCGGGGGCUCCUCGAGGCGGAUGGUUGGAUUGUCAAGCGUAUUACUUUACUGGCCAAUCCUAAUCAAGUGAGACCAACGAGGUUUUGGGGUGUCUACACAAAGCUAAAGAUAUUCAACAUGACAAGCUACAAAAAGGUUGUUUAUCUUGAUGCAGAUACUAUAGUUGUGAAAAGUAUUGAGGAUGUCUUCAAGUGUGGGAAGUUCUGUGGGAACUUAAAGCACUCCGAAAGAAUGAAUUCAGGAGUGAUGGUUGUCGAGCCAUCUGAAACUGUUUUCAAGGAUAUGAUCAGCCAGGUUGACCGUUUGCCUUCCUACACUGGAGGGGACCAAGGUUUUCUUAAUUCAUAUUAUGCUGAUUUUGCCAACUCCUGUGUUUACGAGCCAGACUCACCUUUAACACCAGAACCUGAGACACAGCGCCUUUCUACCUUGUACAAUGCUGAUGUUGGUCUUUACAUGCUAGCGAACAAGUGGAUGGUUGAUGAAAAGGACCUUAGAGUGAUUCACUACACAUUGGGCCCCCUUAAACCCUGGGACUGGUGGACAGCUUGGCUUGUAAAACCUGUGGAAAUAUGGCAGGAUAUUAGGCAAAAACUUGAAGAAUCUCUUCCGGGAACUGGUGGGGGAAAGAACCCUCACGACCAGCUGGUGGUCAAAAUUCUGUUCAUUCUUCCCUUCUGCCUGCUGUUAUUUGGGUAUUACCAAUCAUGUUUUCAGAACAACAAGGAGUUCUUAAGUAUGACGUCUCUAUGUGUGUUUGCAAGAAGUGCUCGACACAAGUACAAGUCUGACGAGGCACUCCCAUCUUAUUCAGCAGUUGGUGCUUCAUCAUCUACAUUUUUUAAUUCAAAUCAAAGGUUCUCAAACGGGGCACCGUUGAAGCUGCCUUCUUAUUUCAGGGCAGGUGCUGUGCUAGUCUCUUUUAUGUCCGCUGGUGUCUCUGUUGCCUUUGCUUUCACCAUUAUUCCACGACAGGUUAUGCCAUGGACAGGCUUGCUACUUAUGUUUGAGUGGACCUUUGUGGCAUUCUUCUUACUGUUUGGUAGUUAUCUCCGAUUUGUCUAUCGAUGGGGAAGUAUUAGUGCAAAUCAUGCGGGGUAUAACAGCUCUGGUUCAUCAGAGAAUCGCAUGGGUACAGGCCAUCAGCUCAGCAUGUCUGACUGCAACAUGGAUGUGACAUUUUACUGGACAGGAAUGGCAGUCAUAGCUACUGUCACUGUAUUUUCACCAACUGUCUUGGGUAUAACUGCCUUAUUCGCAAAGCUAGGGUUGAUGGUUGCUGGUGGUGUUGUGCUGGCAUCUUUCAUGACAUACGCAUCGGAGCAUCUUGCGGUCUCAGCCUUCUACAAGGGUCAGAAAGAUAGAAAUACCUUGAGAACUAGAAGAAUUUGUUUUUGGUGUUUGUAGUAAUUCUGUACAUAUUUAUUGGUCCUUUAUUGAUUUAGUACAUGUUGUAUUGUAAGUUCUACACGAAAUUUUUUGGUGGUUCCUUUGACACAGAGAUGCCAUUUUGUAGCACUACAUAGGCACAUAGGUUGAGGCGUCGUGCUUGUUGCACAGUUGACAUGCAGCUUGCAGUCAUGUACUGUAAAUCUUGCUGUUUAUAAAACACACACUGCCAUUUGUUCAUACAGCAGUUAUACAGUAUGAUAACCUGAUGGUGGUUCUGAUUUUUCUUUGA